CUGAAUUAGUCCUUCUCGAGUUCACUUUAGUGUUGGCGAGUGGUGGGAGUAAAUGAAAAUGGAGGUUUUGAUGUUGAUUAAUGAUUUAGCUUGCUAGUGUCUUUAUGGACUAAUUGAUAUCUACCUAUUUCCUCGGACGGAACAAUAGAGGACUUGGAGACAAAGGAAAUCUCGAGGUAGCAUGAUAGUAGAGGUGUGUCCACAGCAGCAGAUGAGGGAAGAUGUUGGCUAUGGACCAAGGAGUGGUGGAGGAGUGGCUGUCAGAGUUUAAGACCCUCCCUGACAGUGCAGUGUCCAGCUACGCAGCGUCUCUGAAGGAGAAAGGCUCCCUGGUCCCAGCACUCUACAAAGUCAUCAGGGAGAACUACAGUGAUUUGUUGGAGCCAGUGUGUCACCAGUUGUUUGAGUUCUAUCGUAGUGGAGAGCCACGGCUGCAGCGGUUUGUUCUCCAGUUCCUCCCUGAGCUGCUCUGGUCCCUCCUCCUGGCUCCGUCUGCAGCCAGGGACCCACAUACCUCCGGCUGUAUAGAGGCACUGCUACUGGGGAUAUAUAAUCUGGAGAUUGUAGAUAAGGAUGGACAGAGUAAAGUCCUUUCUUUCACUGUCCCCUCCCUCUCCAAACCCUCAGUCUACCAUGAGCCCUCCACCAUUGGCUCCCUGGCGUUGACGGAAGGGGCUCUAGCUAAUCACGGGCUGCGUAGAGUGGUGUACAGCGGGCCUCACCUACAGAGAGAAACCUUCACGGCUCAGAACAGGUUCGAGGUGCUGACCUUCCUGCUGCUGUGUUACAAUGCAGCUCUCAGCUACAUGACCUCCUCAUCUCUGCAGUCCCUCUGCCAGCUCAGCUCCAGGGUGUGUAUCUGUGGUUACCCGCGGCAACAGCUAAGGAGGUAUAAAGGCAUCAGCUCUCGUCUGACCGUCACCUCUGAGUUCCUGGUCCAACUCAUCACUGGGAUACAUUACGCACUGUGUAAUGGGGAGAUGGACCUGGGUUCCAAGGCGCUGGAUGAUGUUCUGUACCGAGCUCAGCUAGAACUGUACCCUGAAGCUCUACUGGUGGGUAAUGCCAUCAAGUCGUCCCAACAGUGUGCAGCGCUAAAGUCUGGCGCUAGUAAAGAAGGCGCUCGCAGCAUUCAGGUGGAGAUCACUCCUACUUCCUCUAGGAUUUCACGGAAUGCGGUCACGUCACUCUCUAUCAGAGGACACCGCUGGAAACGACAUGAGUCCCAGGAGGUCAGUGUAGAUGGUGACCCGGCGACCCCUGGAGGUCAAGGGUCAUCCAUCCCAGAGAUCAGUGUGACGAUGCCCAACGGAGACUCUCUACGACCCCGCGACCCCCGACCUUUAACCCAGUCCGAUCCUGAGCCGCUGGGGUCAGCCUCAGAGGUCAGCCCCACCCACGACCCCAGUCCUAGGGGUCAGGAGGUCAGGAGGCAGAAGUCUGUGAGGCGAUUGGUGGACGAGAGUUCUGGGCCCUCCUCUGCAGGAAGGGCCCAGUACUAAGACACUCCCCAUCCCCGGGGUAACCUAAGUAACAGUGUGUGGAGGCGUGGUCUUCUCUAAGCAUGACGGUUGAUUGGUUGGCUGACUAACUUUCGCCGCACUGCGUUGCCUCCUGACAUGUCCUCCGAUUUACUCAGUUUGAGAGAUCCCUUCCUCCUCAUCACUCACUCCAUCCAUUUUUCUCUCUCUCUCUGUGUGUGUGUGUGUGUGUGUGUGGCGGGGGGUGGAGGUAUUUUGGUCUCUAAAACGACUAGCUCCAACACAUCCCUGGGUUGCCGGGGGAGACAGACUGCUUUCUCCUGAUUGGUUAGUUGCAGCAGCUGAGGAGAAUAGGCAGCUCUGGAUUGGUGAUUAGUCUCUUCCCCAGUAUUUAUUUUGUUUUAAUUUCAGUAUGUAUAUCAGUUCAGUGUGUCUGAAGGACCUGCCUGCCUAUCUGUCUGUCUGCUGGUAUAAGAUAGUAGAUUGCAGUCAGAUGUGAGUUGUUAGUCGUGUGUUUUGUGGUUUGUUUGGUUGGUUGGCAUGUGUGUUGCUUUCUACAACUCCUGCUGUCCAGACCUCUGCCUGUUGCUGUUCUCAGAUAACUACUAACUGUUGAUACUUGAUAAGUUAACUGAUCGUAGCACCACUAACUGUAGUACAGCUGAAUGGCAACCAUGUAAAUGGGUGUCUUUACUCACUACCAGGGUCAGCACCAGCCCACUGUCCUGCUCUACUAUUCUGUCUGUCAUUUAACGAUAACUAACCCCUCUCUCUUUCUAUCUCUCUAGACGCAGUGGAUUUGGGUUCCCCGGACGAGUUGAUGGACAUCUCUGAAGUGGACGAAGGGGUGUGGCCUACAGGAGGGGCUGGCCCGGACUCACUGACUCCACCUACCAUCACUAUCAACAACAGCGUUACCCCUGGGGUGGGAGGGGCCAAGACAGGAAGCAGGAAGUGGCAUCUAGGCGGAUGGUCGCAUAAGGAGAAGGAGGCUUGUCCUCCAGUGGGGCAGACCCUGGGCGAGAACCUGGAUCUGUCAAUCAAACGUCUGACGCUGACAUCCAGCCAAUCGGUGCCCAAGGGACCGAGCCAUAGCGCACUGAGCAGCCUAUCGCGUACGGCCAGCGCUGUGUUCUCCCGCUCCUUUGAGGGAAACAACACCGGGGGUAACCGUGGCAACCCAGAGCCUGGCCGCUAUACAUGCAGUGGCAGCCUGCAGGAGGAGGAGUUAGGCUAUCUAAGCCCCACCCCCAACCACAACCAGCGCUCGCCCAGCAUCAGCGUGCACUUUAGGAGCGACCUGUGAACCCUGACCUCUAACUCUUGAGCUCUCACCCCAUCUCAACCCUCUAACCCCAUGCCCCUGUACCUGUGACCUGUACUCCCAGCCUGCCAGGAGGACUGGAACACAAAUUCAUGAACCCAUUCCCUCUUAUCCCCCUCCUUUCCUCACCAUCCCCCUUUCUUUCCUAUCCAUACCAUUCUUCAUCUCCUUCUCUUCUUCUUCAGUAAGACACCUGCCCCCUCUAGAAACCGGCUUCUCUCCUUCCCUUCCUCUCUCUCCAAAGUGAGAGCCUGGUGUGAGAGCAGGGAGCCUGUGUCCAUCCCUCCACCCUGGAACUACAGAACCACCAGACAGAUCUGCAGACUGUUUUCUGAGAGGGUUUGGAAAUGGAGUAUUUAAGACUCUUGUUUGUCCUGUUUGGCUUUCUGUACAUCCCUCCAGACCACGCCCCCAACACCGGGCAAGUACGGUGUUUGUGAGCUUGCGUGUGUGUGUGUGAGAGCUUGCAUGUGAGUGUGAAUGCAAUCAAGCGUUAGCGACUGUUUUUAGAAUAAAGGUUGCUGAUUGCUGCAAUGAACAAGGUGUGAUACUCCCAAAAAUAAAAUGAAAUAACUACAGUCUCUAGUGAAACUCUUUUUUUCCAGAUGCCCUCUCUUUCCCCUCUCCUUACUCAUCAUGCACUAGGCCCUAGUGACUAGGGGUUGAAUGAACCCUAACACAAUGUGACCUCCACACGCCCGUUGCCAUAGCAAAUAUUUAUUCAUCCAGUCUGAAUAAUUCUGCAUUCCACAAAAUGAAUAAAUGACAGACCACAAAAAUGAUAGAAACCAAAAAGAAUCAUUAAAGUCUUUUGUGUUUACAUGUGAAAAGUAUUGAUUGAUGAUGUCAUCCUACUAGAAUCAAUAUUUAUCUUUCUGUGGUUAUUUUCUCCCUGGUUUGAUCAACAAACAAGCUGAUUGGGGUCAUUUAUGUUUCUGAUCAAUAAAUUGAUCGGGGGUGGGUUUGUGAAGUUUAUGAUCAUGUAUAAACUGUUUGUAUGAUGUAAACUGGAAUUUUCCUAUGACUGAGAGACUUGGGUUUUUAAAUAUAGAUGCAACAAUAUAUCAAAAGCAGUGAGGCGCCUACCUGCUUACAGUAUUGAUAUGCAUAAGCGGGAAGUCACCCCGUUGUCGAUGCUGAUGUCAUAUUGCUGCGUCUACCUUUAACUGUGGUGUUCUAUGUACGGCAGACAGUGGUUAUAAAUGUGGUAUUUUCCUACGAGAGGGAGGGAGAGACAGUUGUUGUUCGAGCCGUAUUGAAUCUCCUCAGUGUUAAAGCACAAGAAGAAUCCAACCCAAACCUGCACGAUACGUGCCUGACGCCCACACCACCACCAAACCGAACACACCCCUAGGAGUAGUGGGUAUAGGGGCUAGGGAAUAUUGGUAUGCUUAUACAAGAUGGGAAUAGGUUUAUAGGAGUUGUUUUGGGAUUAGGCCUAUAAACUGUCCUCUCCUCCAAUCCCUUUACACUCAAGUGUCAGUACAGUAAUGUUGUGUUUGGUUGAUCUUUGAGUGAUUGGUUGAUUUUUUUUUUUUUUUUACUUAUAUAUAUAUAUUUUUUAUGUUAACAUGAACUUGACUGUUUGUCUGUUCUCUGGUUUAUCAUCACCUGCUUUAUAACGUAAUGGAAAUUGAGGAUACAGACAUAAAGAACACGCUCCCUUUGAGGAGAGGUGCACUGCUGACUGGCGGAACAUUUUAAGUUCAUGAUUGCACGACAGUCACACUCCAUUUGGUGGCAAUGAAGUUCACUGUGGUGCAGAUGGAGAGAAGAGUGUUGGGUGUAGGUCAUGUGCUACUGGACAUCUGAAUGCAGAAUAACGUCUGCCCUACUGGAACCUUUGUUCUAGAACCAGUGUUCUAUCAGUCUGUCAGUGUUCUAGAUCUGUUUUAUAUUCAUACGGUGGAACAAUAACAAUCAUGUUUCUGUAUUCUGUUGCUUUAUGGAAUGUCAUGAAUCUGUACAUAUUGUUGUUGGACUUCAGUUGUUGGUUUGGCCUUUCUGUCUGAAGAUAAUGCUCUGCUAGAGCUACUCUGAGAAUAAAAUCGUUCUAUAUUUCA